AUGGAUGUGUCGCGACAGCUUCAUGUUCCAACAUUGCCUCUCAUGAUGGAGUUGGCGCCAUGGAGGACGAAAAAUGAACACCGACUCACUGUGAUUCGUGAGAAUCCCAUCAACAAUGCGUUCGAGGCCUUCCGGACAUCCUUUGCCUUGGCCCGCAAGGAAAAGAACUUGGCCAAGGAUCUGGACGUGCUUGACACGAUCGAUAAACUAGAUCAAGAUGUCUUCCAAGAUCUCUCUAUAGACCUUCUCACGACGAUCGUAGGUUUACGUGCCCCACGAAAACUUCACUCGGUCGGCAUCGGCAAAAACCUCUCUAUUGAUAUCGCUAGACUCCUCCUUGCCGUGAACUCCGACGACUUCGAUUUCGCCACCAUUAAGACCCUAUUUAUUGCGGUUCUCGAGCGGAAACCUGAUAAGGAAAUCUGGGAUUGGGUCUACGACGCCGUGUCCCCAAAUCCAUUCGCGCCCCAUAAAUCCAGACUUGCCUCAGUCAAGGACACCCCAGAGCAGUGA